GGCUGCUCUUUGAGGCAGCAGAAGGCUCCAGCAGCUCCUCUGACAGACUGGGCGUUUGCUGGACAGGUGUCAACAGGUGGGAGUGAGUCUCAGUGAUCAGCUGGUGGACAGGUGUCAGCAGGUGGACAGGUGUCCCCCCCAGGAGGACAGGUGUCCCCCCCAGGCACAGUGAGUCUCAGUGAUCAGCUGGUGGACAGGUGUGUCCCCCCAGGUGGACACAGUGAGUCUCAGUUUACAGACAGAAGAUCAGUGACACUCUGACUCAGUGACACAAACUCAGAGAAACACAGAGAUCCUAUUGGCUGUUCAGAGAUCCUAUUGGCUGUUCAGAGAUCCUAUUGGCUGUAGACCAUUCAGCGGCUGCGCUCACACGCACACCUUCGUCCUCCGAGAGACCUGAUUCUGGUCCACGUUCAUAAUCUAGACCAUAUUCUGCUGAUUCAUAAUGUCUGACAGAAGUCUUUGAGCCCGUGUUGAUUGGAGGGAGACCUGGAUAUGAGGAGGACUCUGACUACACAUAUUCAUGUUGACCCCAAAGCAGUUACACACACACACACAUAGCCUACGUUUCCCCUAAAAAUCUUUAACAUUUCAUUUCAAAAUAGAAUACUUUUUUUCCUAAAUAUGUAGAAUUUUCUGAAAAAAAAAAAUCGACUUAUUUUUCAAAAUAUUUGUGUAUUUUUUUUCUUUCUUAAAUUAUUCCGAAGUAUUCCAACUUUUUUUGACCCCCGAAAAAGUUAGUUUAAAUACUUCUCCAUCCGUGGUGAGAAGACAGCUAUGAAAAGGUCUGAUUCCUCGGUACCAGAUCCCUCAGAUGGAGGUCCCUCAGAUGGAGGUCCCUCAGGUUAAGGUCCCUCAGAUGGAGGUCCCUCAGAAUAAGGUCCCUCAGAUAAAGGUCCCUCAGAUGGAGGUCCCUCAGAUGGAGGUCCCUCAGGUUAAGUUCCCUCAGAUGGAGGUCCCUCAGAAUAAGGUCCCUCAGAUAAAGGUCCCUCAGAUGGAGGUCCCUCAGAUUAAGAUCCCUCAGAUUAAGAUUCCUCAGAUUGAGGUCCCUCAGAUUGAGGUCCCUCAGAUGGAGGUCCCUCAGAUUGAGGUCCCUCAGAUUAAGAUUCCUCAGAUGGAGGUCCCUCAGAUUAAGAUCCCUCAGAUGGAGGUCCCUCAGAAUAAGGUCCCUCAGAUGGAGGUCCCUCAGAUGGAGGUCCCUCAGAUGGAGGUCCCUCAGAUAAAGAUCCCUCAGAUGGAGGUCCCUCAGAUGGAGAUCCCUCAGAUUAAGAUCCCUCAGAUUAAGAUCCCUCAGAUGGAGGUCCCUCAGAUUAAGGUCCCUCAGAUUAAGGUCCCUCAGAUUGAGAUUCCUCAGAUGGAGGUCCCUCAGAUUAAGGUCCCUCAGAUGGAGGUCCCUCAGAUGGAGGUCCCUCAGAUGGAGGUCCCUCAGAUUAAGGUCCCUCAGAUAGAGGUCCCGUUGUGGGUCUGUGUCUCCGUACUGUAACCGGGCCCUGGUCAUAUUUAGGGUCUCGUCGUAUGAAACGGAGAAUAUGGUGGUGAUGUCAUAGCGCGAGGAGCGUGGGUGUGCGUGUGCACGUGGUCGGAGAGACAGACAGAUGAGACGAGGUAAGACAGGCGUCCUCCUGCGGGACCUCAUGGCCGUAAGUAUCAGCUGCUGAGUGAUGUUUCACUUUCAUUUGGAUUCAUUUACUCCCUUUUAUUUUAGUUUCACCCUGUGGUGUGUGUGUGUGUGG